GGCUGCAGCAGCACACACACACACACACUCACACACACUCUCUGAGCUCCCAUUGAACACCAGUGGACACACUGAACUGGAGGUGUUGUUGUCGCUCUCUGCAGACUCUCCAGACAGACAGACAGACAGACAGACAGACAUGUUACCAAAGACACGUCUGGGGAAGCGUUCUCCUCUCGGGGCGUUGGUGAGCUCCGCAGCAGGGACGCAGCCAGGCCAGCAGACGGGUGAGACCGGUGUCACCAUGGCAACGGCAGCGGGACAGCAGACUGUCAGCAGAGCCAGAGGUCAUCCCGGGCUGAAGGUGUACUUUCAGUGCGGAGGUGAACCUUCAGGUGUGGUGGAUCCGCCCGACCUCACGCACAGCGACCUCUCUAUGUGGUCUUCAUCUCCUCCCUCCUCCUCCUCCUCCUCCUGCAGCAGAUCUGUGUCCUCCUGCAUUGACGUCCCCAGAAGUCAGAGGAGUCCACAGGAAGUGGACAUGGACGAGCUGAUGGCAGCGAUGGUCCUCAGCACCUUGUCCUGCAGCCCCCUGCUGCACAGCCCCGCCCACCCAGACACAGCAGCUCCUCCCAUGGACUGUGGAGGCGGCGAGCUCUCAGACGGCGGCAGCAGCGGCUACUGGAGCGUCGGCCAUGGCAACGGAAGCCCCGCCCCCUCUCCACCAAUCGCAGAGCCUGCUGUCGGCCCGGCCACGCCCCCUGAUGAAGGCCUGGACAUGGAGCUGGAGCACGUGCUGUUUGACGAGCCGGCGCCACGCAAACGCAGGAACUCGGUGAAGGCGGCGUACAGGUGUCUGUGGCCGACCUGCGGGAAGGUGCUCACAUCAGUGGUGGGAAUCAAACGUCAUAUCCGGACUACACACCUGUGCCGCGGCGGCGAACACGAGCGCUGUUCUCGCAGUGAGGAGGAUUUUUACUACACUGAGAUCAACCAACAGCAGCACCAGUCUCCUCCUCUUCCUCUCCUCUGUGGCCCCGCCUCCCCCGCCUCCUCAUCCUCCCCCCCCUCACCUCCCAGCCCUCCUCCUCCCUCCCCUCCGUCUCCCCCGUCUCCGGCCUGCAGCGACGCCCUGAGUCGCUCCGCCCCCUCCUCCUCUGGCAGCUUCUUGCAGGUCCAAUCAGAGCACUCCUAUCAGGCUGUGCCCCUCAGUCAUGUGACAUCAGCAGCAGCAGCAGCUUUGAACACGCCCACCUGCCGUUGGAUGGCCCCGCCCACCAGCUGCCUCCGACAGGGGCUGCCGUUUCGGGUGCGUUCGGUCAGUGUAGGAGAGCAGUGGCUGCAGCAUCAGAGCGCCCCCUGCAGGAGGAUUCGCGGUGAAGCCAAGAAAUGCCGGAAGGUUUACGGCAUCGAGCACAGAGACCAGUGGUGUACGGCCUGCCGCUGGAAGAAAGCCUGCCAACGCUUCCUCGACUGAACGGAGGAAGAACGAGAGGAGGAUGAGGAGACAGAAGGACUGGAGCCUCACCUGGUGGAUGUUUUAUACUUUCUGAAACCAGAUUUAUUUUUUGGGUUUUAUACUCUUUUCUACAUUUGCUAGAAGCGUCUUUUUUUUUACGUUGAAUGUGUUUUUUGAAGAUGUUUUGUAGACGUCUCGUCCUGUCGGUGCUUCUUAAUGAACACACUGGGGCAGCUAUGAUGUGACCUUUGACCUCAAAGUGUCUGGCCGACUCUCCUCAGGUGUUCUUAACAAAACCAGACUACAGGUUAUCAGCCGGGUCACCAUGGAAACGCCCGCUAGAGCUGCAACAAUUAUUUGAUUUAUCGAUUACAACUAUUUUAAUAGUCGAUUAGUUGUUUUGAGUCAAUUGUCAAGAAAUUUCUCUGAUUUCAGGUCAUUUCACUUUCUGGUUUCUUUGGAUAUUUGAGGACGCCGCCUCGAGCUUUAGGAAACAGCGGCCAACAUUUUAUGGACCAAACAACUAAUCGAUUAAUCGAGAAACUGAUACAGACAUCGGUAAUUAAAAUAAUGGUUAGUUGGAGCCCCGAUGCUCAGCUCCGGCCGGGACUGGUUGUGACUGAGCUUUUCGGACGAAGGUUCGAUGGUCCGCUGAGUUUACGGGACAAAAAUACUGUAUUACCGUUUCAGAGUCCAACGCAGAACAGAGUGACUUAAAGGACCAGUGUGUAGGUUCAGUGGCAUCAAGUGGCCGUUAAAGAUGAUGAUUAAACACUAAUGAAAAACAUACCUAUAGAUAUUAUAUCGAUAGAUCCUCCUCAAUGUUACACACUGGACCUUUAAGACUUCCUGUCUGGAUAUAAAACAUAAAUAAUAAGAAAUUAGGUGAAAGUCUCUCAGACAAUAUGAGGCAGCUUUAAGAUAAAAACAACAAUAUGUAAAUGAAACUGAUUCCCUCUGGUCUCCUGAUGACAGGAAGGCAAUAAUAGUGUUUUGUUACUGAGCUCAGAGCUAAUGCUAACACUAGCCGCCUAUGGUAGUUGACUCACGUGUUUCCAUCCAACUGUUUCCUGUCUGAGGUGUAAGAAAAUAUCACUAUCAUAUUGCGAUAUUUUCUUUUGUGAUAUUGUAUCGAUUCUCAAAAGAACUGCAUCGAUGUUUGUGUUUAAACCCGUCAACCACUACAGAGCAGUGUUGUAAACUGGUGUCUAUGGUGAUAAACCUAUUCGCAGUAUAUUGAACCGUAUUAUAGAUCGUAUAUGAGAUAUAUACGUAUCUACAGAUUCUUGCCAAUACGCAGCUGUACCACGCCGAGCAGCAUUUACAGAGAGUGACGUACAUAAACGACAUGAAGAAUCCAGUCAGCUUCCUAAAUAAAAUACCCCGUGCAGACUCCGAUAAAGCCAUGUCCGGGGAUUUAAAGUGUUAGCGAGAAGAAGGCUCAAGUCUCGAUGGUGCAACCGGUGUAACUAUCAGAACGCCAAGUUACGACCGACUUUAAACCAGGCGUUCACCGGCAGCAUCAAAUACCAGUCACGUUUUAUUUCACCAUUUUCUGCUAAAUUCGGUUAAAAUCUGUGUUACAUCUGGAUGUAGAGGCUUCAGAUUUACCGCUGGGACGUCAGAAACAAGGUCAUCAAGGUCUCCAGGCCCCUGAUUUAAUCUGCGGUUUGUCCAUAGAGACUCAGGAGCAGCUCAGACACAACAAACAGCCGUCGUUUGGUUUCUGUUUUUUUCAGACUUUCCUCCAAUAUUUGCUGUUUUCUUGUGAAUCAGAGAAUCUGAAUCACUGCUGUCGAUUUUGUGAUGCGUUCAGGUGCAACGUUAAGAUACGAGGCGUUUGAGGGCUCUCGUUCUUUGGAAUGUCGGUGCUCUUCACUGUAAAUAUCAGCGUCACUCACUCAUUUCCCAUCAGCCCUUUCUUUUUCUUCUGUUUGGUUGUUUUUACGUUUGGAAACAGAAGCCAUUUCCACUCGUCCGCGUAGAGACCACAUGCAGUAUUGAUCGUAAACACACUGAAUUAUAGAUAUUUUAUAUGUUUUCCUGGUCUAUCUAUUCAGAAUUAUAAACACCAGACAUACUUAUAUCCAACAAUAAACUUCCUGAAGCCUUUUAAACAUUUUCUCUGCAGUAAACAGAGGUUUAUAUUCUGUCUGUCCUGAAGGAGUAAAUGUUGAUCAUUGUAAUCGUAUCGUUUUUAAGAUGCAGUCUUUUAUACAUGAUGUGAAGUCCUCAUGUUGUUUUAAUAAAAAUGUUGAUUCUGA